UACGCCUGCGCGCAAAGAUGGCCUAAGAUUCUCGCGAUGUGGUGUCGGCUUCUUCCCGCCUCGCUGCCCUUCGUGGCCCGGUCAGCGUGCGUGUAGUCUCCGAAUAGCGUGCUUAGGUACGGCUGUCCGUCAAUCCAAGCCGCGCUAAGGCACCGCCCCAAGCCGUGUUAUCCCGCCCCCUCUUUCGUCACUUCCUCUCUGGCCCCUGUGCAGUCGAUAAGGAAACCCGGACGACGCCGCGGCUUUCUUUUUUUCUAGCGGCCGGGAAGAUGGCGGAUAUUCAGACCGAGCGUGCCUACCAAAAGCAGCCGACCAUCUUUCAAAAUAAGAAGAGGGUCCUGCUUGGCGAAACUGGCAAGGAGAAGCUCCCGCGAUACUACAAGAACAUCGGCCUGGGCUUCAAGACACCAAAGGAGGCCAUCGAGGGCACUUAUAUUGACAAGAAAUGCCCUUUUACUGGUAAUGUCUCCAUCCGAGGGCGGAUCCUGUCUGGCGUGGUGACCAAGAUGAAGAUGCAGCGGACCAUCGUCAUCCGCCGAGACUAUCUCCACUACAUCCGAAAGUACAACCGCUUCGAGAAGCGCCACAAGAACAUGUCCGUGCACCUCUCCCCCUGCUUCAGGGACGUCCAGAUCGGCGACAUUGUCACAGUGGGCGAGUGUCGGCCCCUGAGCAAGACCGUGCGCUUCAAUGUGCUCAAGGUCACCAAGGCUGCUGGCACCAAGAAGCAGUUCCAGAAGUUCUGAGACCGCACCCUGUCCACUGCCCUGAACCAAAUAAAGCUAUUUUCCCA